GAAGUUUCAACCGAACACUUCAUUGUUAAAUAUGGGCUGAUACAGAAAAAGUAUUGUCAAAUUAGAUAAAGCGCUUUAGAUCUUAUUUAAAAUAAAAUAACGAUCUAAUCUACGGAUUCAAAUGAGGCAUUGCGAGUUGUGUGCUAACCAAUUCUAAAAUGAGGAGUUCGACAAGGAUUAGUGUUCUUUCCUUCACAAUAAUAGUAUCAUCUUCAAUUUUUGUAAAUGUCCAAGGAAUGAAAUCUUCAAGUUACGAAAAGUCAUUAAAGAAAGACAUCAUUAGAUCAGAUACUUACCACGUUAGUCGAUCCAUAAGAUAUGAAACCCAAAUAAAGAGUGAUGACAAGCAGAAACUGGAUUUUCAUAACACUAAUGCAGUCGUAGCAUCAUCUCCUAAUGUUAAAGAUGAAUGUGAAAUAAUAAUCGAUAACAAAAGUAAAGCAGUGUUUCAAAAGAUAUUGAAACAUCACGACCCCCGCUUUGUUCAGUUUCAUAUUAAACUUUCGAAACCUAUUGGUAGUAAGAAGGACGUGUUCCAGCCUGGAAGAUGGUACUGGACGUAUGGGACCGUUUCGAGGCCAUACCAAUUUCUGUCCUGGCAUCUCCACUAUGGUAUAUAUACAUUUGGGCUUUUAGAUCAUAAAACUUCUCUCGUUCCAUUUGUCAAGUUAAAACUACACGGGUACUGUAAUUUAACAUUGGGAACGGAGGACACAUCAGAGCUCAUUACAGAUGCAUUAGUUCCAGUUGUCAACUUUACAAGCGCUGUAUAUAUGCCACACAAAUACACAGAGAACUAUUUCUGUUACCUUGCAGUAAGGGAUGAUGUGCGAAGCUCCCUAAGUUACUACGUAUCUAUUUACUUGUUAUAUCCUAUAAUAUUCAUUAACUACAAGUGUUGCCUUUUAAAGUAUAAUUUCACGGACCAAACAUUUAGAAACAACUGCUCACAAAAUGUUCUUCAAACGAGGAAAUGGACUAAUGUUAUCAAUUUCAACAUCAUUCUUGGAGUUGUAAUAAUAGCAUAUUGCCCGGUAUUACUUUUUCGAAUAUUCGCAUGGCUUGGAGAAAGCGACGAAACUGACAAUGAUGAACAUGGUAUAGAAUUAAUACAGGACAUAUCUGGACCCGAUGAAGAUAAUGAUAAUGAAGACUGGAUCUUUGCUAAUGGACAGUCACCACUAACAUUCUCCGAUGUUUUAAGUUUUAAGGGAAUAGGCAUUGAUAAAAGAUGGCCUGUAUUAGUGUCAAGAUUGCGUAGGUUCAUAUGUCUUCUCUUGGCACCUUCUGUAAUAUACAUAGAAAUGUUGAUGUCUAGUCGCGGAAUUGGUGUAUGGAAACAAGGGGAUAAGAUAGCUAUCAAAGAUUUUGUGGAAGUUGGUACACCUGUUGGUUUUCUUUCAUUUUUUGGUGACUCGAGCAACAGGAAUAAAGUAUUCGCUCCUGCUUUUGGCGGGCCCAUUGGAAUUUCAGUCCUGUAUUUUAUCCUGGGUUUCACUUACCUUGUUCUUCCCAAAUGUCUUAAGAAAAUUGUAGAGAAUGGUUUGCCUUAUUCUGAUUUACUGAAUAGCGGGGGAAUAUUGUCUAACCUCACUGUCAUAAAGUCUCCCCUCUUUUUCGGAACAAAAGAUGUUAUCAAAUUAUCGCAGAUUAAUGUAAAUCACGCUGACUUGGAACCUGGUUAUUCAAAAGGUGUAACGUUAAUGAAAUGUAAUUUCUACAUGCUAUUUACCAUGCAGUUCUGGCGUCAGGUCUGUCAUAUUCAAACUGGCAGAGUUAGUUGUUUCACAGAGAACAUGUCUCUUUUAAAGUAUUUACUGAGCGUGUUUUAUUUACCAGUAUAUGUCGUGUUUUGUUCUUUUGAAGUUUUGCUUUGCAUCCUUUAUUUUGGAAUUCCUUUAAUCUUUUUCAUGGCUGUAAUGGUCAGAGGAGCCAUGAAAAUGAUACCCUAUCUGAAAGAAACAAAUGCCUUAUUUUCCUACUUAUUCAGUGUUCGUUUCACAAGGGGACUUGGAGCUGCAGCUAUAUUUGCAACUAUUGUAUUAUUUACAUACUGUGUUUUCUUGAUAGUUGUUAGCAGUUUAAAGUUCAUCAGUCAUGUCAUAACAUAUUGUUUUGUUGCUGUGAUAAUCUAUCCUUCAGUUUCGUUUGGGAGUCUUUUCCUUGUUCUCGUUAUCGCGUAUUACAUCAUACGCCAACUCAAAUUCUUCAGUUACAAAUACACAAUGCUACUUAACACAGCCGUGGAAAUAACUAAGCAUAUCAAUAAAACACCAAACCACGUGACAUGUUACGAAGGUCAUUUUCUUUUAUCAAAUGUGGGGUUUCACAGUCUAAGAGAAAUUGAAAUCAAUGGUCGGCUGUUGGAUUCUUCUCAAAUUAUUGUCAUGAGUAGAACUAAUGAUACUGUAAAGACGAAAAUGAAAGACAAUUGCUAUGGUAUACCAAAAGAUCUAUUUGACUCGCUCAUUCAGAAAUACCGACCUGUUCACAUCCAUGUUCUUUCGCUGCUUUUUCGAGUAUUCAUUUUGAUAGGUUGUGUUCUCUUCUUUCUAAGUAUAACGCACUCUUGUAUAAUAGUUCCUGAAGGCCAGAUUUCGGAAGUAAUGCAUGUCGUCUUUAUAAUUGUUGUUGGUGCUCUUCCAAAGCUUAUAGAGACUAACUUUAUAGGUCAUAAUAAUGCCCCGAUAGAAAAGAUAGAGAAACGGUAUUUAGAGCAGUCCAUCGUUGAGUACUGGACUCAAAGAGACAGAUCGAUAAUAAACUGACCUUAAAAAUUGAAGAAAGUAGUGGAAAGAACAUAGACUUUGACGUGUUGUUUUCCAUAUGAUAAAUAAGCUGUACGUUUGAUCUAGUUAAUGUACUCGAAUCAAAGUCUCCCCGUACUUGGAUUCAGUGUUGUUAUAUUUUGUGUUCCGUUGGGAUCAUAGAGUCCAUUCAAUAUCUAUUUAAUAGAAUUUCGCUUAAAGCCGGUGCUAGGGGGCGUGAGAGGUGUUGCGCAUUUCAUUACAUCCCAUGAACAGACUCAUUCAAACUGAGUCUACUAUAAUUUUGCUUGGCUGCAUUCUAUGCUUCCAAAGGAUCUUUUAUAGAUUUAUUAUAGAUAUUUUGAAGCAUAAAGGUGGUCAUAAUUCAUGGUUUUGCACAAUUUGAUAAUUCGUGUUUGUGACUUAUGCAUUAUUUGUUGUAUAAGAGAAUAUGUUUCCAAGACGAAGGACGAAAUGAAUUCAAACUCAUUCUCACGGAAAAAAUACGUCUCGCCCGAGGACCGAACUCACGACCCCAUGAUCCGUAGAUCUGCGCUGUACCAUAUUUAGCUGAUGGGCAGUCUCGUAACUUGAAUUUAUAUGUUGAAUUGAUAUGUUGUAAUGAGAAAGGUUUGCUCUACAUUCAUUAUAAUCUAAUUACGUAGAAAAACGUUGUUAAAUCAGGUGAAGUACUUUAGAUCCGACUAAUCUCUUUUUAUUUCAAGAGCAUUCUAACGUACGUGAGGUAUUUACACGUAUCUUUUUUUAUUUGCAAAUUAACUAAAAUAGUUAAAAAUUGUGAAACGAAAUUUUAUAUAAAACGUUUCUUUGACAUGUACGGUAAAACCAUUUCGAUUAUAGACUCUCGAUUGCGUUUAUUCUAUAGAACGCGUUUUGGAUGUUUUAUUCAGAUCACUGCUUUUGUGUUUUGUUGUGUGUGUGUGUGUUUUUUUUUUUUGUUGUUGUUGUUGUUGUUGUUUUCGUAGAAAAAAACAACGAAAAAAAAACAACAUCUGGGAAGCAUGUUUAUUAUUUCAAAAGCGUCUUAAUUGUUUGACUCAGUUCUAAACACUGGCUUUUUAUUUAACUGGUAUAUUUAGCAAAAUCUAAUACAUGUAUAUAACGUUCAAAUACUUGUAUGGAACUUCAAACAACAACGUUGAUACCUACAGUUUCCAUCCAAUUGAAUGAAACUUGGUAUACAUUAUCAGCAUUAAAUUGGCAUACACAUAAUUUUGGGAUUUUCCGAUUUUCAUUUCUUUUUUUUUCUAGUUUGAAAUAUCACAACUAUAUCAGCACAUUGUAUAAUCAACUUCUCCUAAAGUUUCUUUCCAGCUGAAAUGAAAUGAGCCGCACCAUGAG